GUAACCUGUUCUGUAUAGGGGAGUGACAAGGAGGAGACAGACGACUGUCAUAUCCAAGAGAGAGAGCGACCUGCACGCAGUUUUGAUCGGUGACGUGCAUAGGCGUGUUGGACAACAGCAUACGAGUUUCAGCAUUAUCAAAAGAAACGCAGAUUCUCCUCGGAACAGUGCAGCAGUGACUGGAUAAAGUGAAGAGUUGAGACCUAGGUGGACCAGAGGAUCCCAGUAUGCCCUCUCACAACAAACGCACCUCUCCUUCCUACCAUCCCGGCAGCAGACGCCAUGAACACAGGCACAAGCAUAGCGAGCAUGUCUCCAACCCAGCCUACUCUUUCUACCCAGAGGAGGAGCUCCUCCACUUCUACCGCUGGACCUCUCCUCCGGGGGUGAUGAAGAUCAUCUCCAUCAUCAUCAUCAUCAUGUGCGUAGCGAUCUUCGCCUGCGUGGCGUCUACGCUCGCCUGGGACUACGACAUGAGCAUGAUGGGAAUGAGCGGCGGCAUCGGCGCCGGCAUGGGCAUCGGAGGCGGAGGAUACGGUGGGAGCUACGGCAGUAGUUACGGCGGAGGCUCGUCCUACGGCGGAGGUAUCGGCGGAGGCUCGUCCUACGGCGGAGGUAUCGGCGGAGGUAGCUACGGAAGCGGGACCCAGACUGACCCCCUGGCGGGGAAGGGCUUCAUCAUUGCCAUAGCAGCCAUCACCUUCAUCGCCGUGCUCAUCAUCUUCAUCCUAGUGGUGUCGCGGCAGAACGCGUCCCGCUCGCCAAAGUUCUACCUGGGGGCCAUCAUCGUGUCGGCCAUCUUGGCGAUACUAAUGAUCAUCGCUACUAUAGUCUAUCUGGUGGCAGUGAACCCCACAGCCCAGUCCUCAGGGUCCGUCUACUACAACCAGAUCAUACAGCUGUGUUCCCAGUACCAGAAUCAGAACCAAGCCCAGGGCAUCUUCAUCAACCAGUACCUCUACCAUUACUGCGUGGUGGAACCUCAGGAGGUCAUAGCCAUCAUCCUGGGAAUCUUGGUAUUCGUGGGUCUGAUCAUCCUGCUGGUGUUUGCUGUGAAGACGCGUCAGAAGAUCAGACGUUGGGGCCCAGACAGAAUCCUCUGGGAGGAGACCAAGGUUAUCAGCAACAGCCUGCGCACACACACCAUCGGAGAGUGGGUGAAUAACGUGUCUGGUCAGCCGGACACUCUGGUGAAUGAAUACAACGACAAGGUGGGGGGCUCCAGGAACUUCCUGGACCAGCUGCCAGACCACAGACCUCUGUAUCUGCCUGGGAGCUCAGACAUAACAAGUUCGUUGGGAGGACUGAAGAGCAAGCUGAGGGACUAUGACACUGGUGCAGAAUCAGGAGGAGAGGAUCUGGACGAGAUCGACUUUAACUCCGAGUUCUCUGCCAUCAUGAAUGAGCAGGAGCGUCUGGACUACAAGAGGGAGUUUGACCGGGACCAUCUCGAGUACAAAGAGCUGCAGGCUGAGCUGGAUGACCUCAACAUGGGCCUGGCUGACCUGGACAGGGAACUGGACAGACAACCAGAGGGCAGCCCACAGUUCCUGGUGAGGACUUUAGAGAUACUAUAUAAAUGUUAUAUUUAAUGUUCUCGUUCUAUUAGUGUGUGUGUGUGUGUGUGUGUGUGUGUGUGUGUGUGUGUGUGUGUGUGUGUGUGUGUGUGUGUGUGUGUGUGUGUGUGUGUGUGUGUGUGUGUGUGUGUGUGUGUGUGAAUAGCUAUGUUUCCAUUAACUUGUCCAGUGAUUGAUUUAUUUUUUGACGACAUUUAGAAAGUUUAUAUAGAAAAUAGAUUUUACAAUUUCCUGCGAGGUGCAUUUCCAUGUAACUUGUGUCGAUUUAAAAACACCUGGAUAUAAUGAUGUAACUCCUACAGUAACCAGCUUGUGUCGAUUAAAAACACCUGGAUAUAAUGACGUAACUCCUACAGUAACCAGGUUGUGUCGAUUAAAAACACCUGGAUAUAAUGAUGUAACUCCUACAGUAACCAGGUUGUGUCGAUUAAAAACACCUGGAUAUAAUGACGUAACUCCUACAGUAACCAGCUUGUGUCGAUUAAAAACACCUGGAUAUAAUGAUGUAACUCCUACAGUAACCAGCUUGUGUCUAUUAAAAACACCUGGAUAUAAUGACGUAACUCCUACAGUAACCAGCUUGUGUCGAUUAAAAACACCUGGAUAUAAUGAUGUAACUCCUACAGUAACCAGCUUGUGUCGAUUAAAAACACCUGGAUAUAAUGAUGUAACUCCUACAGUAACCAGCUUGUGUCUAUUAAAAACACCUGGAUAUAAUGACGUAACUCCUACAGUAACCAGGUUGUGUCGAUUAAAAACACCUGGAUAUAAUGAUGUAACUCCUACAGUAACCAGGUUGUGUCGAUUAAAAACACCUGGAUAUAAUGAUGUAACUCCUACAGUAACCAGCUUGUGUCUAUUAAAAACACCUGGAUAUAAUGACGUAACUCCUACAGUAACCAGGUUGUGUCGAUUAAAAACACCUGGAUAUAAUGAUGUAACUCCUACAGUAACCAGGUUGUGUCUAUUAAAAACACCUGGAUAUAAUGAUGUAACUCCUACAGUAACCAGGUUGUGUCGAUUAAAAACACCUGGAUAUAAUGAUGUAACUCCUACAGUAACCAGGUUGUCGAUUAAAAACACCUGGAUAUAAUGAUGUAACUCCUACAGUAACCAGGUUGUCGAUUAAAAACACCUGGAUAUAAUGACGUAACUCCUACAGUAACCAGGUUGUGUCGAUUAAAAACACCUGGAUAUAAUGAUGUAACUCCUACAGUAACCAGCUUGUGUCUAUUAAAAACACCUGGAUAUAAUGACGUAACUCCUACAGUAACCAGGUUGUGUCUAUUAAAAACACCUGGAUAUAAUGAUGUAACUCCUACAGUAACCAGCUUGUGUCGAUUAAAAACACCUGGAUAUAAUGAUGUAACUCCUACAGUAACCAGCUUGUGUCGAUUAAAAACACCUGGAUAUAAUGACGUAACUCCUACAGUAACCAGGUUUCCAUCCAACCUUUUUUUUAUUUUAUAAGAGUACAUGUCAGAUAAACAGAAAUGUCAUGACAGGCCUGAUGGAAACAGAACAGUUUGUCGGUAAACUUUUCAAAUGUCGACAAACCAAAAUACACGAGACAAGGUGGGAUCUUUCUGUCAGUAAAAUGAAUUAUGUCAGAAAUGUCGGUGGAAACGCUUUUACGCCCAAAUCUUGAUAUAACCAUAAUAUUGAAGUAAACUUGGGAGUCAUGCGAUGACAUGUUGUGUGUCCUCCCACUACAACUCAUCAGGAAAGCCUGCAGUUUAUUAGGCUACAGAUGAAAUACAUGAACUCCACAGGGUGGUGAAAGUGCAAGGUGAUGAGUUUGAUGCUCCUUUUCAAUAAUUAUUGAGGGUCUCAUUCUGGUGACAUGAUGAUCGAUGAUUGGCUGCCGAUUGACAAAUACAAAUAAUCUCGCUCUUUCUGUCCAUAAUAAUCUCAUCAUGUAGACUAUACCCACACAGUAUCUCAUCAUGUAGGCUAUACCCACACAGUAUCUGAGCUGUAGGCUAUACCCACACAGUAUCUCAUCAUGUAGGCUAUACCCACACAGUAUCUCAUCAUGUAGGCUAUACCCACACAGUAUCUCAUCAUGUAGGCUAUACCCACACAGUAUCUCAUCAUGUAGGCUAUACCCACACAGUAUCUCAUCAUGUAGGCUAUACCCACACAGUAUCUCAUCAUGUAGGCUAUACCCACACAGUAUCUCAUCAUGUAGGCUAUACCCACGCAGUAUCUGAGCUGUAGGCUAUACCCACACAGUAUCUCAUCAUGUAGGCUAUACCCACACAGUAUCUCAUCAUGUAGGCUAUACCCACACAGUAUCUCAUCAUGUAGGCUAUACCCACACAGUAUCUCAUCAUGUAGGCUAUACCCACACAGUAUCUCAUCAUGUAGGCUAUACCCACACAGUAUCUCAUCAUGUAGGCUAUACCCACACAGUAUCUCAUCAUGUAGGCUAUACCCACACAGUAUCUCAUCAUGUAGGCUAUACCCACACAGUAUCUCAUCAUGUAGGCUAUACCCACACAGUAUCUGAGCUGUAGGCUAUACCCACACAGUAUCUGAGCUGUAGGCUAUACCCACACAGUAUCUGAGCUGUAGGCUAUACCCACACAGUAUCUGAGCUGUAGGCAUUAUGUGUCAAACUCAUUCCACGGAGGGCCCCGCUCCACCCUUGUAAUUGAUUGAUGAAUUAAGGUCACUAAUUACCUUGUUGUUUAGGUCUUAAUUGAAAGAAAAAAACAGAAAUCCGCGGACACUCGGCCCUUUGUGGAAUGGGUUUGACACCCGAUGUUGGCCCUUCACUCAACUCAGGACCUCAACCAGUUCCACAGUAUUUUUUUCGUGGUUCCCCUUUACUCAGGGACUGAUUUAGACCUGGGACACUAGGUGUGUGCAAUUAUUAGCUAGAACAGAAAACCAGCAGGUUGAAUACCCCUGCUCUGCUGUAGGCUAUAAGAAAGUGUGACGCUAAUUGUUUUUUUUUCUAUCCUUAAAACAGGAUGCUAUGGAUAAGUACACCCGGAUGAAGAAUAUGAAGAAGUCCUCAGACUAUCAGCUGAAGAAGAAGAGGUGCAAGCAUCUGAAGGCCAAGCUGUCUCACAUCAAGAGGAAGGUCAGCGAGUAUGACCGCAGACCCUGAACCCUGACCACCAACCCCAGUCCAGAGCAGACUCCACCCUUGUCUGUCCAGGAAACUGGCCUCAAAAGAAGGAAGACCAUAAUGGGAGAGGGACCCAGAGAAGGCUUUUUUUUCAAUGUGAAGUCAUAUGAACAUUUUUUAAGAGGGAGAAUUCUCUGAAUGUCUAAUAAUGUUGUUUUAUUUUCUUAUUGAAGUUAGAUUGAUGUUGAGUCCCCCCAGCCCCAGGAUUGUACCCACAGCCGCGGGAAGUAGGGAUGCUGCCGCACCCCCUGAAAAAUCCUGAUGAUGUGGCUCAGUUGAUAGAGCAUGGUGCUUGCUAUGCUAGGGUUCGAUUCCCACAGAGGACCAGUACAAAAAUCUGUGCACUCACUACUGUAAGUUGCUCUGGAUAAGAGUGUUUAUUAACAUGGAAAAGGAAUGAAUAGACCAUUUCAAUUUUCACAUAGAAAUAAGUUGCAAAGUAUUUCAAGAAAAUGGAUAACAUAUCAAUAAAGUUUUUUUUAAUAUUCCACAAGUAUUUUAAAAUUACCUGUUUUGUACAGAUAAUUAUCAGACUCAAGUUAAAAAUGCUGGUAAACACUCAAAUACAUUUGGUACAUUUUUCCCCCCACAAAAGCAGUGCAUUGGGCCUGUAUUAGCGGACCGACAUAUAGACACUCCAUAUACACUCCCCCUGUCGUUGCAGCAACCCCACCCCCAAACUACUUCCAGCGGCUAUGAUAAUACCUCUAAUAUGUAGCCUAUGCCGAGUCCCCAACAAUCGGAUGUUCCGGUUUUGGAAAGAGCCUGUGACUCGACUUCAGCUUUUGGACAUGAACAAGGUGACCAGCCAUCUUAACUCCUCCACAUUUACUGGAUUGAUUGAACAUUACAGAAGAGAACCUCCCCAGACAGUUUUUUACAUUUUUUAUAAACAAUAUUUAUGGGAUCUAGUUUCAGGCGUUUAUUUUAAACCUGCUACGUUAGGUUAACAGUUGGGGAAUGAUGGAUGGCGCAAGAUGCUAAAGGUUAUUAGAGCGCCCUCUAGGGUAUAGAUACAUGACAUGGCCAAUGAACGUUUUUUUUUUUUACAUGUUUGUACAUUUUUGUUUUAACAAAGGUUCUCAGGGGAUGCUCCUGUAUCCAAAUAAAAUAUUUUAUCUAUAAAAAAUAAAUACCCGGUGUGUCCUUAUGGAAUUGUACAGUUUUUUUUUUUUUUAUCAGCUUUUACAAAUUCAUUUUGUAGCGGUCUUUUACUGACAUCCGGGCACCGGAUGUCUAGUAAGCACCGUCCACUGUAUAGUAAGCAAAUUAACGAUGUUUUCCCUUUUUCGUAACUAUAUCUUUUUGUGAAUUUCCGAAAAUGUUUUGCCAUUCAUCUAAAUUGUAAUUUUCUCAGACAUUUCUGUCUGUUUAGUUAAAAAAUUAAAUGUGAACAUUGUGAUGUAUUGAAGAUGUCCAUCUUCAACAAUAGUCUGAGGUUAAAUAUUGUUCAUACAGAGAAGCAGGCAAGUAACCUACUACUAUGGUGAUUAUGUACAAUGUAGGAUUUAUUGUGUAAAUGUUAUUUAAUAAAAAAUUAAAACACUUUA